UUUUUAUCAUAUAUUAUUAAUGGUUUCAGAUCAGUGUAGGAUAUAUCCUACAUAAAGUCCAUACCAUAGUUUUACCCCAAAAAAAUCCAUACCAUAGUUGCUCUGCUUCUUCAUUCAUCGUUUGUAAAAUAUAUUUUAAAAUUGUUGAUUUUCCAUGAGGUCAUCCAAUAAGUUUAUUCUGCUGAUUUUGUCAACCAUAACUCUCAUCAGUUUAGUUACAGAGAGUCGAAAAACAAUACCAUCUCAAGAGAAGAAAAGAGAGUUGGAGAAACUACUCAACCAUAUCAAUAAACCUGCGAUCAAAAGUUUCCAAAGCAAACAUGGUUAUAUACUGGAUUGCAUCGACAUUCAUAAGCAGCUAGCCUUUGAUCAUCCUUUGCUCAAGAACCAUUCUGUUCAGUUAAAGCCUACAACUAUACCUAAAUGGACAAGAGAUAACAAUACUUCUCAAAAAUCAACUUCUCUUCCAUUUCGACAAGAAGAAGACAUAAUUUGUCCACCUGGGACUGUGAUUAUUAAAAGAACUACACUUGAAGAUCUUAUACAAUUCCAACGUUUAGAAUCCUUAGGAUUGAAACCAACUUCAAAGGACAGGAACGAUGAUCCACCUGGUCAUUAUACUGCCGUUGCUCAGUACUAUGCACUCAAUUUUGGUGGAAAGGGAAACAUUAAUGUAUGGGAUCCCCAAGUCGAGCCUGAUCAAUAUAGUCUUUCAAGUUUAUAUGUCCAAGGUGGCCGUAGAGAAGACUUUGAGACCAUCUCAGCUGGAUGGAUUGUGUCCCCGAAACUGAACCAUAAUCAUAGUAGCUUAUUUCUAGCCUGGAGUGCAAACAAGAAAGGUUGCUACAAUACAUUAUGUCCCGGGUUCGUACAAGUGAGCCGCAAGUUCCCACUAGGAAGUGUUGCCAGACCAGUUUCCAAGUAUGGUGGUAAACAAUAUCAUCUAGAAAUCAGCAUAUAUCAGGAACGUCUGACAAGAGAUUGGUGGUAUGUGCUAAAGGGCGAGCCAGUUGGGUACUGGCCAAAUCCAUUGUUCAGUUAUAAUGGUUUAGCCGAGGGUGCAGAUAAUGUUUGGUGGGGAGGAGAAGUUUUCAGUGCAGAUAAAAAUAGAAUAAGCCCAAUCAUGGGAAGUGGAUUUGUCCCGCAAGAUGAUUUUGGAAAAGCAGCUUAUAUCAAUGGUCUUAGAGUGAUCGAUCGUUAUUCAAGAAAAGUUAUGAUGCCACCAGCAAAAGAUUUAGUAGUAUACGCAAGCAGUCCAACUUGUUAUAACGUCAAAACGAUAUCACGUCGUGGUGAGUAUUGGUCUAGGGCUAUAUUCUAUGGAGGACCUGCAGGAUGCACUGUUCGUUAACAUGUCUUUAAUUAACAGCCUUAUGCUUCUAGACUAUUAAUUAUGUAAUUUCCUUCUUUUAGACUCAUCUCCGUUAACGUUUACCGUCGAGCUCGUAUCACAAAAUGUCCCUUUAGGAAGGAAGUGAAUUACAAAAGUAUUGUUGGCACUUUUUGAUGUGUUUGGUUAAACUUUUUGGCACU